AUGAAGCUAUUUGUCAUCAUCGCCAUCAUUAUGUCAUUCAGUGUUGAGAUGGCAAAGUCCAGAAAGUCGUUAUUCAAUCGACAAAGCACCAGUUUAAAAGGUGAUUGUGUGUCUGGAAAUGGCAGAAGUUACAGAGGAACAGUGUCUCAGUCUGAAAGUGGAAAACCAUGCCUGAACUGGGGCAGAUAUACAAAUAUUUGGGGAGCUGCUGCUGGCAUUGGCAAUCAUAAUUACUGCAGGAACCCAGAUUACAAACUGAUGCCAUGGUGCAGAGUUCAAAUAGGAAAACAUAUAGUUCCAGAAAACUGCAGGAUUCCAAAAUGUUCUACACCAACAGUCAAGUCUCCUGUGGUUCAGCCUCAAGAUACAGAGCUGACCUGUGGUCAGACAUCUGAAAGUAGGCUGUAUAAAGUAGUGGGUGGACGUUUCACACCUAUAGAGUCACAGCCCUGGGUGGCAGCUAUCUUUCAUUCUCGUCGAUUACUUUGUGGUGGCUCGCUCAUCUCGCCUUGUUGGGUUCUCACAGCUUCACACUGCUUCGAUGGGUUGGAACAAAGUAGGAAACAGCUUACUGUUUAUCUGGGCAAGAGUGCAGUUAAUGAAACCAAUGCUUCCAAGGAGCAGAAGUUUAUGGUGGAAAAACUAAUUAUACAUCCUAAAUACAAUUCCUCCAACUACAAUAAUGAUAUAGCGCUUCUAAAGAUCAAAAACCAAAAUAGUGAAUGUGCUGUUAAAACUGCAACCGCUCGUACCGUGUGCCUCCCACCUUUUCAAACUCAACUACCUGAUGGAUUUCAAUGCACUAUUGCAGGAUACGGCAAGGAAAACCAAUAUGCUUGGAGCUUUUCAAAUAUACUUAAAGAGGGUCGCGUAAAUCUGCUCUCCCAAUCAGAAUGCAGGAGAAAAGACUAUUAUGGAGACAGGGUCACGUCGAAAAUGUUUUGUGCGGCACACUCUAAUUGGAGUGUUGAUUCCUGCAAAGGGGACUCAGGUGGUCCUUUGGUCUGCAGCAUCGCAGAUAGGAUGUUCCUAUUUGGCAUUGUCAGUUGGGGAGAUGGCUGUGCCCAAAGAAACAAACCGGGAGUGUACACCAAAGUCACCAGCUAUAACAGAUGGAUUGCAAGAAAUACAGGUCUAUCCAAGUACACAGCAGGUAUAAUGUAUCCCACAAAAUGAAGAUUUGGAGGAUAUUAUGAUUAUGUUUUUAAAAAGG